AUGAGAGGCGGAAGCGGAGUCGAUGAGGGAGCAGCGGCCGUCGAUCCUGUGCCGCGAGGACACGAAAUCCUGAAUAAAGGGAAGAUCAUUCGUGUAGGAAGACAGGCCAGGCAGGUGGGACAAAAUCUGUUGACCAUGUCCCUGCCCAUCACUCCAGACCUCAUCCCUUCAUUCCGCAUCGUGGCUUACUACCAAGUAGGAAAUUCGGAGAUUGUAGCAGACUCGGUCUGGCUGGACAUCCAGGACACUUGCAUGGGAACGCUAGUGGUGAAAGGAGCCAGCAACGAAGACAGGAGAAUCCAUGAGCCGGGAACUCCAAUGAAACUCAAGCUGGAAGGAGACCACAGAGCUUAUGUCGGCCUGGUUGCCGUGGACAAAGGGGUCUACGUUCUGAACAAAAAACACAAAAUUACACAAUCUAAGAUCUGGGACUCCGUGGAGAAGAGUGACAUUGGCUGUACAGCUGGCAGUGGAAAGAACAAUCUGGGGGUAUUUACGGAUGCUGGACUGGCCCUGGAGACGAGCAAUAGGAUUUCCACAGUCCAGAGAACAGAUCCAGAGUGUCCCCGGCCAGCAAAACGCCGACGUCGCUCCGUUCAGCUCAUUGAAUAUAAGGCAAUCAAAACGGCAGAUUACCAGGACCGGAAGCUGAAGAAAUGCUGUGAAGACGGGAUGCACGAGAACCCCAUGGGGCACAGCUGCGAGAAGCGGGCUGGGUACAUCCUGGAUACGGAUGAAUGCAAGAAGACCUUCCUUGACUGCUGCAAUUAUAUCAAGACCAUACGGGACAAGCUGCAACGGGAGCUCCCCCUGAAACUUGCAAGAAGUGAAUUGGAUGAAGAUUUCAUGUCCGACGAAGAUAUCACCUCAAGGAGCCAGUUUCCAGAGAGCUGGUUGUGGCAAGUGGAGCAGCUGACUGAGCGACCAAAUGAACUGGGAAUUUCUUCCAAGACGGUGCCUAUUUUCCUGAAGGAUUCCAUCACCACCUGGGAAGUCCUGGCUGUGAGCCUUUCAGAGACCAAAGGGAUCUGUGUGGCUGACCCGUAUGAGAUAACAGUAAUGAAAGAUUUUUUCAUCGACCUCCGGCUGCCCUACUCUGUAGUGAGGAAUGAGCAGGUGGAAAUCCGGGCUAUUCUCUACAACUAUCGGGACCAAACAAUUAAGGUCCGUCUGGAGCUGCUGCAUAACCCAGUUUUCUGUAGCGCAUCCACUUCCAAGGCUAAAUACCGGCAGAUCCUUGACAUCGAAGCCAAGUCCUCCUUGGCCGUGCCAUUAGUGAUUGUCCCGCUGCAACUAGGAUCUCACGACAUUGAGGUCAAGGCAGCGGUGUGGGGCAGUUUUGUGUCUGAUGGCGUGAAAAAGAAACUGAAGGUUGUGCCAGAAGGGAUGAGGAUGAGCAAAACAAUUAAGUCUGUAGUAUUGGAUCCAUCUGCGAAAGGACCGGGCAGGAGUGACCGUGAUGUGAUUGAUUCUGCCCUCAGGCUGACGGCCUAUGUGGCGAAGGUCUUUGCCAUGGCUAAGAAACUGGUGCCCAUUGAAAACCAAGUUAUCUGUGGGGCGGUGAAAUGGCUGAUCCUGGAAAAGCAGAAACCGGAUGGAGUCUUCCAAGAAGAUGCCCCUGUAUGCCACGGAGAGAUGGUUGGAGGGUACAAGGGUGCUGAGCCUGAUGUCUCGUUAACGGCUUUUGUGCUGAUUGCAUUGGAAGAGGCCAAGGACAUCUGCAAGGAUCAAGUCAAUAGUUUGGAAGGCAGCAUCAGCAAAGCUGCUGAUUACUUAGCCCAAAGGUACCAGUCUCUAGUCAGACCUUACACUGUGGCUCUUGCGUCCUAUGCCUUAGCGAUGGUGGGGAGACUGGACACCGAGAAGGCGCUCAUGAAAGCUUCGACAGAGGGAAAUCGCUGGGAAGAGCGGAACGCCCGCACCUUCAACAUUGAGGGCACCUCGUACGCCUUGCUAGCCUUGCUGAAAAUGAAGAAGUAUGAGUUGACUGGUCCCAUAGUCAGAUGGCUGAGAGAGCAGAACUACUACGGCGGGGGAUAUGGAUCUACCCAAGCGACCAUCAUGGUGUUCCAGGCUCUUGCGCAGUACCAGAUAGACAUUCCGCAGCACAAAGACUUGAAUUUGGAUGUUUCUAUUCUCCUGCCGGGCCGUGCUCAACCUCUAAACUACAAAAUCGUAAACCAGAACGCUCUGGUGGCCAGAACAGCAGAGACCAAAUUGAAUGAAGACUUCACUGUGAAGGCAGAAGGGACUGGACAAGGGACCUUAACUGUAUUGACGGUUUAUAAUGCAAAGCUACGGGAGGAUGAUUCUCAGUGUAAGAAGUUUGACCUGAGGGUAUCGGUCGAAGAAGCCCAGGGCGUGAAGAAGCCGGAAGGAGCGAUGCGUUCAGUCUAUAUUAAAAUCUGCAUCAGGUUCCUCGGUGUGGUUGAUGCCACAAUGUCCAUCAUCGAUGUCUCCAUGCUCACUGGCUUCUCACCGGACGUGGGGGAUCUUAAGAGACUUUCCGAAGGGGUCGACAGAUACAUUUCCAAGUUUGAAAUCGACAAAGCCCCGUCCGACAGAGGCAACCUCAUAAUCUACCUGGACAAGGUUUCUCACACAGAGGAUGAAUGCCUGCAGUUUAAAGCUCACCAGUUUUUCGAAGUUGGUCUCAUUCAGCCGGCAUCCGUCACAGUCUACGACUAUUACAGCAUAGAUGACCGGUGCACCAAGUUCUACCACCCAUCUAAGCAGAGUGGGCUCUUCAAUAAGAUCUGUCACGGGGAAGUCUGCCGCUGUGCAGAAGAAAGCUGCUUCAUGCAGCAGAAGCUAGAGGGUCCCAUCACCCUGAACAAACGAAUAGAGGAAGCCUGUGAACCUGGAGUGGAUUAUGUGUAUAAAACCAGGCUUGUUAGCAGUGAAGAAGUGGGCGGUUCUGACUACUACACCAUGGAAAUAUUGGAAAUCAUUAAAGCAGGAACUGAUGAAAAUCCAAAAGGAAAAACCCGCCAAUUCAUCAGCCACAUAAAAUGCAGGGAGUCUCUGAGGCUGGAGCGUAACAAAGACUACUUGAUCUGGGGACUCAGCACCGACUUGUGGCGCAGGAAAGCUGAGCUAUCCUACAUCAUUGGCAAGGACACCUGGAUCGAGAAGUGGCCCAACGAGGACGAAUGCCAGGAGCCGGAUUUCCAGAGCCUCUGCCAGGAAUUCCUUGAGUUCUCUGAAGCCAUGACCAUGUUUGGCUGCCCAACCUAAACUUGGACCCAGCUUUCCCAGCAGCUCCAAGGGGACAGUUUGAGCUGAGAUGGAGAAUAACACUCAGGUGGAGACAUCUCCACUCAGAGUCCCAAUGCUGCUGACACUCGCCACUAGCCCUGUCCUCUUUGGGGGUUUUGCUCUCUUUUCUUCUUAUUGUUUCUAUAUAUAUAUAAAAGGCUGAUUUCUUA